GAAUGUGCCCCAAAGAGAUCUUGCAGCUCUUCUGAAUGCAUCCCAUGCUUCCCCAAACUGGGAGCCCAGUGCAUUGGCAACUCCAAGAAAAUGCGUAUCUAAGAUAGUUAAAAAAAAAAAAAAAGCGUAAACAUUCUCAUUCCAGAAAUCAAUUACGCAACCUGGUCAAGGUAGUAUUCGGCUCCCCACGGCAUUGAGGCAUCUCCAAAUCAGAAGAGCAGUGAGAUGAAGAAAUAGAUGGAACAGUGGAAAAUGGGGAAGCCCCAGCUAUCGCUCCUGGUGCUGCUGAUAGUUUUGCGGACAAACGUGGGAGGCAAGCUGUGCCCUUCCCCGCUCUGUGAGUGCUACCAGGAGGGCGACUUCCGAGUUACCUGCAAGGACAUCCACUUCAUUCCCAGCCUUCCUCAGAAUACCCAGACUUUGAAAUUUACAGAGACUCAUAUGAAAACCAUCCCCAGUGAUGCAUUUGCUAAUCUGCCCAACAUUUCUAGAAUCUACUUAUCCAUAGAUGUAACUCUACAAAGACUGGAGGCCCAUUCAUUCUACAAUUUGAGCAAAAUGACUCAUAUAGAAAUUCGAAAUACUAGGAGUUUAACUUACAUAGAUCCUGAUGCCCUAAAAGAACUGCCUCUCUUAAAAUUCCUUGGGAUUUUCAAUACAGGACUUAAAAUAUUUCCUGACUUGACCAAAAUUGAUUCAGCUGAUGUGUUCUUUAUACUUGAAAUUACUGAUAACCCUUUUAUAACUUCAAUUCCUGAGAAUGCUUUCCAUGGACUGUGCAAUGAGACCUUAACCUUGAAACUCUAUAAUAAUGGCUUUACCUGGGUCCAAGGAUAUGCCUUCAAUGGAACAAAGUUGGAUGCUGUUUACUUAAACAAGAACAAGUAUCUGAGUAUCAUUGAUGAAGAUGCCUUUUUGGGAGUAUACAGCGGACCUACCCUUUUGGAUGUGUCUUAUACUAGUGUUAAUGCCCUACCACCUAAGGGUCUGGAGCAUCUGAAAGAACUGAUAGCAAGAAACACUUGGACGCUUAAGAAGCUUCCCUUUUCUUGGAAUUUCCUUCACCUGACACGGGCAGACCUUUCCUAUCCAAGUCAUUGCUGUGCUUUCAAGAAUAGAAAGAAAAACAAAGGAAUCCUUGAGUCACUAAUGUGCAAUCAAAGCAGCAUUCAGAACUUGCGUCAAAAGAAAUCAAUCAAUGCCUUGAAUGGUCCCUUCUACCCGGACUACUCAGAGGAACAGAGCCACAGAAAUGCAGUGUUUGAGGAAGAUUCCAAAGCACAGGAUUUCCACAGCAAUUCCCAUUAUUAUGUCUUCUUUGAAGACCAGGAAGAUGAGAACAUUGGUUUUGGCCAAGAACUUAAAAACCCUCAAGAACUGAUUAUACAGGCUUUUGAUAGCCAUUAUGACUAUACUGUGUGUGGAGGCAAUGAAGAUGUGACAUGUUCCCCAGAGCCAGAUGAAUUCAACCCCUGUGAAGAUAUCAUGGGAUAUAGUUUUCUUAGAAUUAUAGUGUGGUUUGUCAACUUGCUGGCUCUCCUUGGCAAUUUCUUUGUUUUGUUUAUUAUCCUCACCAGUCAUUACAAACUUACUGUCCCACGCUUUCUCAUGUGCAACUUGGCCUUUGCUGACUUCUGUAUGGGGAUCUACCUGCUCCUUAUUGCUUCUGUUGACCUCUACACCCAGUCUGAGUACUACAACUAUGCCAUUGAUUGGCAGACUGGAUCCGGUUGUAACACAGCUGGAUUUUUCACCGUUUUUGCCAGUGAGCUAUCCGUGUAUACAUUGACAGUCAUCACAUUAGAACGCUGGUACGCCAUCACUUUUGCCAUGCGCCUGGACAGGAAGAUCCGGCUACGGCAUGCAUAUGUGAUCAUGUUAGGCGGGUGGGUUUGCUGCUUCCUCCUAGCCCUGCUUCCAUUGGUGGGAGUCAGCAGUUAUGUCAAAGUUAGCAUCUGCCUCCCCAUGGACACAGAGACACCCCUGGCCCUCACCUACAUCAUUCUAGUCUUGCUGCUUAAUAUCAUUGCUUUUAUCAUCAUUUGUUCCUGUUAUGUGAAAAUUUAUAUCACCGUCCGAAAUCCCCAGUACAGUCCAGGUGACAAAGAUACCAAAAUUGCCAAGAGGAUGGCUGUGCUGAUCUUCACUGAUUUUAUAUGUAUGGCCCCCAUUUCUUUCUAUGCUUUGUCAGCUGUUAUGAACAAGCCCCUCAUUACUAUUAGCAACUCAAAAAUCUUGCUGGUCCUUUUCUACCCACUUAACUCCUGUGCCAAUCCGUUCCUCUAUGCGAUCUUCACCAAGGCUUUCCGGAGAGAUGUUUUCAUUCUACUCAGUAAGUUUGGUAUUUGUAAGCACCAGGCUCAAGUCUACCGAGGACAGACCAUCUCUCCAAAGAAUAGUAUUGGUUUUAAUGGCCAGAAAGGCUGUCGGGGAGCAGGAAAGACUCUUGCCAAUGUACAGAAUGAUUGUGAACUAUUUGAAAACUUUCAUCUAGCCAAAGGCAAGCAGGACCAACUCAAGGUAGACUGUAAAUUGACAGUUUUAUAA